AAUGCCCACAGCCUUGCUGCUCCACUGUCGUCAGAAAUUGUCGUUUGGAUCGCCUUAUGCCGUCGCACGCCAUGUCGCAUGCACCAUGCGCGUGCAUCCUCCCCUCCCCCGUGAGCCCCCGUUCGCGGGCGAUUUCCGCAGCACCGAACCUCUGCGAUUGGCACAGGGCAUCUAGAGCUCCGCCAAGCGCCCCUCCAGCUCCGCCGAUCGCCUUGCGGAGGCGGGAUCUGGGGGGGCUCCGCGGAGCUUUCCCGCGCCCGUUCUCCGCCGGGGAAGCAUCCGGCGUAGGUGGGCUCUUGGCAGCGCGCGGAGCUUUUCUGCGCGGAGGUGCCGCGCGGAGAGGGCCGUCACCCCCGCGAUCGCUGGGGGCGCGGGGGAGCGGGGGAAUGCACGGGGGGAUGCGGAGGCGGAAACGACGAGUGUGGUCGCGGCGGGGAGAGGAGGAGGGGGACGAGGGGAGGGGGAAGGGCGGAGAGGAGAGAGCCAAGGAUGUCGAUACGCUGAGAGGGGUGUUUGUGUGGCGAGGUGUGAGAGGGGGGGAGGAGGGGGGAGCGAGAGACAAAGGGAAGGCGGAAAGAGAGGCAGAGAGAGGAGCGGAGAGAGAGGGGGGUGGGGAGGGGGGUGAAAGGGAGAGACGAAGGAGGCAGAACGAAAAGCAGGAUGCACAGGGGAGCAGGAGGGACGUGCCGAGGAGUCAAAAGGCAAGCUCGAGGGGGAGACAGAGCAAGAGAGAUGCGAGAGAAGGGAAGGAGGAGGAAGAAUCUGGGCCGUCUGCAUUGGCAGGGAAGGCUACAGCAGGGGAGGGGGAGAAGGCGCUAGGAGUGAGAGAGAGGCUUAGGAGGGCGGUGGAGAAUGGGCCAGGGGAUCUGGUGGGUGUGGUGACAGAAUCCGUUAUAGAUACAGUGAAGGACGUGACUGAUUCUGUGACGGAAUCCGUUAUAGAUACUGUCAUGGACGUGAAGGAUACAGUGAAGGACGUCAAGGAUAGCGUGGAGGAGACUAUAAAGAGUACAGUGGGGGAUGUUACUGAAACAGUGAAAGAGACAGUGAAGGGCACUGUAAAGGACGUGACAGAAACGGUGGCUCAGGUGGGGGGGGCUGUUUUGGAACAAGCGAGAGGAGAGAGGAGAGAGGAGGAAGAGGAGGAGGAAGAGGAGGAUUUGAGUCCUAUGAGGAUGCUGCUAGGGGUGGAGGAGGAGAGAGGGAGAAAGGCACAAGCGAACCUGGGGAUAAUCCAGCACCGCCCCUCCAUAGUGUCUCUUCUCUACAACCUCUACUCUCACAUGCUCAAGCAACCCCCUCUCGUCUUCGUCCUUGCAGUCUGCUCCGCCCCGGUGCUCCUCUCCCUCCUCUUCACGCUCUUUUAUCUCCCGGACCUGGAUGGCUUGGUGGUGGAGGACACGCUCCUAGCCUACCUCCAGAGCUCCGUGGCAGCUUCGGCAGCCAGUGCGCUGGAGGACGAGUCCUUCUUUGCGGCUCCGGCCAUGGCUGCUGCAUCCGAGCUAGCAACGCUCUCAGCAGCCGCUGGGCCCGGAGAAGCAGCAGCAGCAGCAGCAGCAGCAGGAGGAGGGGCAGGAGGGGCAGCAGGAGCGGUGGUUACAGGGAUUGCACACACAGCAGCAGGGCUCAGAGCGCCCGCCACAGCAGCAGCGGCGGCGGCAGCAGCAAAAGAGGCGGCGUCGGGCGGCCUAUUCAACGUGGUGGAGGGCUCUCAGACGCUCAAGGACGCAGUGAGAGCCCUCGAAGAGUCCAACCUGUUCCGUGUGGGGCCAGCAGGGCUCAUCCCUGGGGGCUGCGCGUGGGGCAUCUUCCAGGUGCUCAUGUUCUCCCUCUCUCUCUCCACGGGGCUGGAGCCAGCACUUGCACCCGCCUCCCCCUACGCUCUGGUGGUGGCGAAUGUGAACGCGCUGGUGGCGCAGCUGCUGUUUGUGUUUCUCAGCGGGGCUGUGUUCGCGCGCCUCACUCAACCCGUGGAUCCGAUCCUCUGCUCCAAGGUGGCCUGCAUCACGCCUGUCCUCCAGCAGCAGCAGCAGCAGCCGAGUAGGCCGGGCCCCCGUGGGGGGGAGUCGCUGCCUGCUCGCUUCCCUCGGGCCGCGCGUUCUCUCUCCCGCAGCAUCAGCAGCGCCAACUUCAGCGGCAGCGCCGCUUUCGCUGCUGCAGCAGCAGCAGGAGGAGGUGGAAUUGGGGGGGUAGGAGCAAGAGGAGGGGAAGGAGAGGGGUUCUCUGCCGGUGGUGGCGUGAUUGGGUCUGGGAGGGGGGGGCAGAAGGAAUGUGAGCGCAUGCUCCUGGUGCGGUACGUGCUGGCGGGCCCGCAGCCGUGCGAGCUGGUGGACGUGAAGGUGGAGCUCACCCUCAAGCACAACACGCUCUCCUGCACCGGGAGAUUUUUUCGACAAGUCGACCACCUCAAGCUGGUGCGCUCGGAGGACUCAUACCAGCGGUACGGCAUGACGGUGCGCCACCUGAUAGACGAGUCGAGCCCGCUCUAUGGGCGCUCCAGGGAGGAUCUGCUCCUCGUCAACGCCCAGCUCAGCCUGGCCGUGAUCGGCAUGGAGCGGGCGUCCAUGCAGCCAGUCUUUCACGUGGAGGAUUACUUUGUGGCGGAUGAAGACAUCAUAUGGAAUGCUGAUUUCGAGGAUAUGGUGUAUCGUGAUAAAAGUAAUCGGCUACUAGUGGAUCACAGGAAGAUCAGCAACUGGGUAGCUGUCGAGCUGUGAGGGAAGUUCCACCUGUACAGGAGGCAUGUAGUGUAGCAUGGAGGUCAAACAAAACCCUUGGCACAUUGCCAUGUCUUACCAUU